UUGUCUAAAUCUAUAGACAAUGACGGUGGUAUAACCUACAUUCAAUGUAGACAUCUGUGUUUAGCACUUUCUCCACUAUGGCAGUGGCAUCUAAUUUUGAAUUUCCCCACUAGGCCACAUUAUUUAUUCGCACAUAAGUAUUAUAAUUUACUUUUGUAACCCUGUUUGACUUAACAUAAUAUUUCAAGAGUGAGCUGGAUAAACCAAAGACUAUUUUUCUUAUUAUCAAUAAACAAAUAGUUUAUUUGCUCAUAUUAGAUAACAUUCUGAUUGAUAUUGUUAUUGGUAAUUGAUAAAUUUUAUUAUCAUUCAACUUGGUUUUCAAAGCCCACUGGAGAGAAAUUCAAAAUGCAGAACAGUGAGACAUUUAACUUGACUGUAAGAAAGGCAGUAAGAGAGGAUAUGGCUCAAGUUUACAAACUUAUUAAGGAACUCGCGGAUUAUGAAAAAUUGGGAGACCAGGUAGCUAUUGAUGAAAAAAUACUACAGGAUGAUUUUGACAGCCAACCUCCUGCUUUUUUUUCCAUGGUGGCAGAAUUGCCAGAUGGUCAUAUAAUAGGAUACGCUUUAUAUUAUAAUUCAUACUCAACGUGGGUCGGAAGAUCAAUUUUUCUUGAAGAUUUGUAUGUUCAACCAGCAUAUAGGGGUAAUGGUUUUGGAAAGCAACUUCUGAAGGCUGUUGCAAAAGUAGCCCAAGAAUCCCAAAUUAGAAGGAUAGACUUUCAUGUUCUGUCUUGGAAUCCUACCGUCGAAUUUUACCAAAAACUGGGAGCUGUUAAUUUGAGCCAAACUGAAAAAUGGACCUUAUUUAGAAUGGAUCAAGAUUGCAUAAAUAAAUUAUUGUCCUGAA